AUUUCUCUCAAAAUGGGUGACUUCAAGAACAUGAUCCUCUUCAUCUACACGUUGGUUCUAUUCAUUCUUCAUGGUUACGGUUUCCUCUACAUUUUCCACGCAGAGUACACUUCGGAAUUCAAAUAUCCUGAAAUUAUGUGGUUCUUGCUCUUUAUCACAUCUCUACAGUAUCUCGAUAUUCCAUUUUCGUUCUUUUUGACGAAAUCCAAUCCAGUCGCUGUUUUUGUUCAGGUUUCCGGUCGUCUUCUGGUUCUAUGGGUAGCUUCUCACAUGGUUAGCUGGAAAUACGCGGCAUUCUCUUUGGUCGCUGUGUACUUGCUCAGUGAGCUGUGCCGUGGACCCUAUUAUCUCUCGAAUUGCCUAGGAACACCCAACCGAUCGUUGACGUGGCUCCGGUACAACGCUUUCAAAGUUUUGUAUCCUGUCGGAUUCACUUGUGAAGCACUCGUUUUCAUCAACGUGUUCUUUGUGUCUGGAAAGAUUCCGAUUGAUAUCAAGGAUAGAUAUUUCCAGUAUUCAUUGCUCUUCACUGUGUUCUUCUUGACAAUUGUCACGUUCUUGUACCGUUCCAUGAGCAGAAAAGCUGCACAGAAGAACAAGACACUCGCAAAAAUGGAAUAAUUAAAUUGAAUUUUUAAUAUUUAUCGAAAUGUUGUAUUAAUAAACUCAAUUAAUCUUC